AUGUUAUUCAGCGAGAAGAUAAGGGUGAUGCCUCUUGGAGCAGGGAAUGAGGUUGGAAGGUCCUGUGUGAUUGUUGAGUGUGCAGGUAGAACAUUGAUGCUUGACUGCGGAGUGCAUCCAGCAUACACGGGAACGGCGUCGCUUCCGUUUUUAGAUCUGAUUGAUCUGUCGAAGGUUGAUGCGGUGUUUAUUACGCACUUCCAUCUUGAUCAUGCAGCAGCACUGCCGUUCCUGACUGAGAAGACGAACUUCAAGGGGAAGGUGUACAUGACACAUCCAACAAAGGCGAUUCUUAAGUGGCUGCUAAACGACUACAUAAGGAUCAUCAAUGCAUCCUCGGAUGUUGACUUCUACACGGAGGGAGACCUGACCAGAUGCUAUGACCGGAUUAUUCCAAUUGAUUAUCACCAGGAGGUCAAUGUGAAGGGAAUAAAGGUGAAGGCACUGAAUGCAGGGCAUGUGCUUGGUGCAGCGAUGUUUCUGAUAGAGAUUGAGAAGAGCAAGCUGCUGUACACUGGGGACUUUAGCAGAGAAGAGGACAGGCAUCUUAAAGCCGCAGAGUCGCCAGAAUGCAGGCUGGAUGCGCUGAUUACCGAGUCUACAUAUGGAGUGCAAUGCCACCUGCCCAGGGCUGAGAGGGAGAGCAGGUUUACGGGUGUUGUCCAGAAUGUUGUUUUGAGGGGAGGAAGAUGUCUUCUUCCUGUUUUUGCACUUGGACGGGCUCAGGAGCUGCUUCUUAUUCUUGAGGAGCACUGGGGGUCGAAUGUGCAGCUUCAGAAGAUUCCGAUAUACUAUGCAUCUGCACUGGCGAAGAGGUGCAUGGGGGUUUACCAGACAUACAUAGGGAUGAUGAAUGAGAGGAUCCAGCGGCUAAGCCUAGUAAGAAAUCCGUUUGCAUUCAGGUAUGUGCAGAGCCUGAAGGGGAUUGACUCGUUUGAUGAUGAGGGGCCGUGUGUGAUAAUGGCAAGUCCAGGGAUGCUGCAGAGUGGGCUUUCUCGGGAUCUUUUUGAAAGGUGGUGUUCUGAUGCAAAGAAUGCGGUGAUAAUACCUGGGUACUGUGUUGAUGGAACGCUUGCGAAGGAGAUUCUGAGCGAACCGAAGGAGAUAGAUGCACUGAAUGGGAAGAGGCUGAGGCUGAGCAUGACAGUGGAGUAUAUUUCGUUUAGUGCGCAUGUUGACUUUACUCAGAACAGCCAAUUUAUUGAUGAGUGCCAGCCAAAGCAUCUGUUUUUUGUGCACGGAGAGGUAAAUGAGAUGCAGAGGCUUCGGAAUGUGAUACAGCAGCGGAAUGAGAAGAAUGGGGUGGAGAUGGCGCUUUACACGCUGAGGAAUGGCGAGGAGGCGAGCUUUGAUGUUAUUAAGGACAAUGAAGCGAAGAUAUUUAGUGGGUUUGAGGGGGAGUUUGAGGGGGUUGUCAUCGGAACUGAGGAUGACAUCAGGAUAUACCGAAGGAACGAGCUGGCCGAUUCGAAGUACAAAGAGGUGAGUGUAUAUGAGCGGCAACGGAUUCCGUACAACUCGACAGGCGUGUUUCUGAAGCAGGUGCUUGUCGACAGUUUUGAGGAGCUUGUUGAGGUUAGCAAAGGGUUUCUGGUUGGCAAUGUGCUGGUGAUGCUUGAGGGGCAUGAGGUGGUGCUUGAAUGGAAGAGCAACUAUGUUGAUGAUGUUUUAGCGAUUGCGGUUAGCAAGGUGAUUUCUGAUGUUGGAAAGAAGGCAAGAGGAGCGAAGCUGAGUAUGAUGGGGCGUGAGGAGUUACUGAUGAAGGUGUUGAAGAACUACUUUGUGAUUGAACGGCAAGCAGAUAGGAUCAGGGUGGUGAGUGGAGAGAAAGAGGCAUAUGUUGCUGAUUUCGAUGUGUAUGGAGAUGCCGAGAUGUGCAGUAAGGUAAAGGAAUACAUGAAGAAGAUAGAUGCAAUCUACUUUGAUUGCAGAUAG